CACAAUAUGUUAAACAGAACAGUAUAGACGCAUGUGAACUGAGGGCUUUGCCGCCUUAUUUAUCUGCGAGCUGAUAGCCUUGCUGCUACACCACCUCUGUCCAGCAGGCACAGCCAAUUUUGAUUAACAGUGAUUCCUUAUGCUAUUGUAGCCUGUGCUGUGAUCAGAAAUGCCUACCAUGUCAUGGAACCGGGUGGAAGGUUUCGAUGGAAACGAGGCUCGUCUUGGCUCUUUGACGCUUCCACCUAUAGAAGGUCAAAACGGCAUGGCUUUGUUGUCUGAAAAGGAUUAUCAAUACAGCGAUUACUACAAGCCGUCGCGGGAAGGCCAUAUUGAGGAUGAGCUGGAGCUUGUGCGCUUGGAGGAUGGACAUCUUAUGAAAGCAUUCCAGGACGAGCAGGCGCACGCUACAAAGAACAAGAAGCGGCUUCGGGUCAUCCUUCCGGACUCCAAGUUCAGAAAAGUGUGGAUCAACAUCCAGCUGUUCGUGGUGCUAUACAUCAUCUGGGUUACGCCCGUGCGCGCGGGCUUCAACAAGCCAGCGGUCGGCUUCUGGUUCUGGCUGGAGGGCGUCAUAGACAUCUUCUUCUACACGGACCUUGUGCUCAACUUCCUGACAGCGUAUGAGCACCCGGUGACGGGCGAGCUCAUCACCGACCACCGUAAGAUUGCGGCCCGAUACCUGAAGACAUGGUUCGUCAUCGACCUGCUCGCAACCUUCCCCUCCGACUAUGUCGUGCGGGGCAUGCAGGGCACCUGGGCGUGCAGCGCGAUGGGCAACUGCGACAUGGUGGUUCAAACCGGCUCCGCUGCCAGCGUGGUGCUGCUGCUGCGCAUGCUGCGCUUCUUCCGCAUCUUGUGGAUCCUCAAGAACUUCAACGUGCUGUCCGUGAGCACGGUGCUGGGUCGCCUGCAGGAUGAGUUCUACGCGGCUCGCUGGAUCAUUUCGCUGCUCGAGCUGCUGAUCGUGCUGGUGUUCCUAGGCCACGUGUCGGGCUGCUUCUUCUACAUGUUCUCGGGGCCCUCCUGGUGGACAAGCGAGGAGAAGAGCCUGGUGGAUGCCGGAGAGCUCAGCACCUGGGUGCUGGACAAGAUGGGCGGCUACUACCCCGUCGUCAUGCCGACCCAGAUCACCGAGAUGCCCGACGGCACGCAGCUGCAUGCGACAGAGGGUGUGGGGCAGGACGCGGUCAGCAAGCUGUGGUACAGCUGCCCCGACUUUUACACCAUGGUGCAGUGCGCCAAGUGCGACACGGUGCGCCUGCGCUGCAAGAGCGACUUUGGCUUCACGUACAGGUACAUCACGUGCAUGUACUGGGCCUACACCACCAUGACCACCGUGGGCUAUGGCGACAUCUACGGCACCACCGUCGCGGAAAAGGUCAUGUGCAUGAUCACCAUGGUCAUCGGCGGCUUCUUCCUGUCUUUCUGCUUCGGUCGCAUGGCCUCCGUGAUCGGCCGGCUGGACGCGGACAAGGUGGCUCGCGGCGAGCAGCUGCACGAGCUGUCGGCGUUCAUGAAGGAUGUGGAGCUGCCCAGACCGCUGGCACGCAAGGUUCUGGAGUACAGCAAGAAGCAAAAGGUCCGCGCCUACGACCGUCAAGCGGUGCUGGCGCGGCUGCCCUUCGAGCUGCGAUCCAAGAUCCUGCGCCACCUGUACAUGCCCACCAUCGCCAAGGUGCCGCUGCUGCAGUCCAUGUCCGGAGACGACGUCUUCCUCACCGACCUGUGCGUGCGGCUGCAGCCCACGCACUUUUCCGCGGAUACCUAUGUCUACAUGCGCGGAGAGAGCGGCGGGGACGUGUUCAUACUGCUACAGGGUGAGCUGCAUGUGCUUGCAGCCGACCAGGGCACGCUGCUGUACUGUGUGCCCGAGGGCACUGUGUUUGGCGAGAGCUCCAUCCUGCGGGAGAUCUCCGAGCCGGACGCCGGCAAGGUGAAGCGGCGGGAGAACGUGUUUUGCAAGACGCCGUGCGACAUGCUGCGGAUCACGGAGGAGGACAUCAAGGACCUGUGCGAGCACUACCCCGAGCUGCUGAGGGGCCUGCGCAAGCUCGACCGGUUGCGGCAGGCCCGCACGGAGGAGCGGCUGGCAGCUGCCCGGGAGCAAUCCGCGGCCGAGGUUUCGGAGCAUAGCACCGCAGCCGUCGAGUCCACGACGCUGCUGCCGCCGCCGCCCACAGCGGCUCAGCAGGGCUCCUACCGCAGCCUGCCGGGGACGGGCAGCGCGGGCAGCUUCGGUGGCAUGAUGGCGGCGAUCACAGGGCAGGGCGCGGCUUCUGGAGGCGCGGGCGCUGGGGCCAGCCGGCCGACCGCGGGCACCACGGAUUUGGGUCGGACCGUUAACCUGAAUGCGGGGGCGACCGGUGCACCAGCGUUGCGGUGAGGGGGGUCUACAUGUGCAGUGUGUGUGGAGAUAACGAUGAGAGAUGCUCUUGCAGGUGCGUGACAGCUGCAGAUGGUUGGGAUGACGUGAGCGUAGAUAAGGGACCAAGGGGGUACUGCGUGACGCCCCAGGGAAGAUUUGGUGCUUAUUAUUUCAGCUAAAAUGUGAGAAAGGUUAGGCGUAAACAUUAUAACUUGCGAGCGGUGAUCCUUCCCGGUCGUGCUAUCUAGUGCACAUGCAUAGGAUAACAGCUGGGGGUGGCUUUUUGGUGAAGCUGGCGAUGCGGGGUAUGAGUGGCCCAAGGGCCGGACUAGCUUAGUUAUGACGCAUCAUGUGAUCAGAUGGAGCCAGGACUCUUUAGCAGUGCAGUGAAUUAAAUUAUAUUUACUGAUUGGCUUGCUGUGUCCGGAAAUCUUGCUAUUGCUACUGUCUGCUGGCAUCAUGAGGGUCGUAAACCUACGAAACAUGGCUGCCUAACGGUGCUGUCAACAGGGUUGGCAACAUGGUCGUUCUCAACUCGCGUCGUGUCAACCGCGUCCUGAACGACACAGCCAUACUUGGUGUGAGGUGUGGCUGGGCAACCCGACUACUGCCUCAAUUUCUGAAUGCGUUGUAGGCUGACGUACUGCUCGGGGGUUGGGGGUGCGCAGUCGCAUGUGGCCCCGGCGGGCGAUUAUGUACAACCCGCCUCCGGAAGCCUGCCUGUUUAGGAGAGGCUCCAACAAUUGCAUGACGCAGUACGCCAGCAAUUAUAUGGCUGCUGUUGUGCACACCGGUAUCAGGUCUACCGGUACCACCCGGCAUCGGGUGCUUAUCCCUAAAUUACAACUGCCCCCA